AUGAGCGGGAUCUUCAACUUCAGCAAACUGGGUGGCAGGAUUAAGCCCAAGCGAUCCAUCUCGGCCAUCCGCCCUCUUUUCCUCUGCCAGCCCUACUGCAACAACUCCAUCGUCAAGGGAAACUUCAAAACUAUCGUCCAACUCCCCAAAUACGUCGACCCCAACGAAUGGCUCGCCGUCAAUGCAUUCGACUUUUACAACUACGUCAACAUCUUUUACGGAUCCAUCUCGGACUUUUGCACCCCACGCGAAUGCCCCAACAUGUCUGCAGGAUCAGGAUGCGAGUACUUUUGGAUGGAUGGGCAGAAAAAACCGAGUAAAGUGCCUGCCUCUCAAUACAUCGACUUUGUCAUGAACUGGAUCCAAACCCUCAUCAACGACGAAAACACUUUCCCCACCAAAGAUGGACGCGAUUUCCCACCAACGUUUGUCCAAACAGUCCGAGCAAUCUUCAAGCAGCUGACGCGGGUGUUUGCACAUGUGUACCAUUCGCACUACGACAAGAUGCUCUCGCUCUGCCAGGAGGCUCAUUUCAACUCGCUCUUUGCACACUUUGUCAGUUUCGGACGCGAGUUUGAUCUUCUGGACAAGAAGGAUAUCGUCCCCAUGCAGGAAUUGAUCGACAUCAUGGACAACAAUGGCAUCCUCUGCUGA